AUGGAUAGACUUAUUGCAAAUGCCUGGCUGCCGAAGAGCCUGUCAUGGGGUACCUCUGAGGAUGAGAUCCUUAAUUAUAUUGGAAUUCAUGAUCCUGGCUGUAAAUGGGACCCUGAAAGAGUGGUGCGAAUGAGUCAUAUCGACCUUGCCAGGGGUGACAAACGUCUUUUAAUCCAGACUGUUUUCCCGGCUGCUUUGAUGAACGACGAGGAGGUCGUGAAGCAACUUCGAUUUUAUGUGCGGUGCAAUGAAUCAUGGGCCAACCUUCCAGACGAGGUGGUGGAUGUCAGGAAGUGGAAAAAUCCCCUUACGGAAUUUCCAAACUUGGACAAGUAUAUGGGCUAUGAGAGAACCAAGGAGCAGAAAGAGGAAAAUGCGAGAUUGGUGCCCGGUCCUAUGAAGCCGGCUGAUCACCCAUCGAGACAGCCACCAUCGAAGCCCAAUUCUAAAAAGAAAAGAGCUGCUUCACAUGGGUUUAAGGAUUUGGAUGAUUCUAUUUGA